AUGCACCUUGAGGGAAUCUUUGACCAAUGGACUACUCUUUCUUCCUAUCCGCUACUCCUAUCGCCCUCCCUUCGUCUCCUCUCAUUCGUCGCCCACUCCUCGUCCGCACUCCUGAACCCAGACCGCAAUCCUCUCCUCCACUACCUCCUCAAGAAGACAUUCUACGCCCAAUUCUGUGCUGGUGAGACGAAGAUUGAGGUACAGAAGACGGUGAAGGGGCUUAAGAGUAUGGGAUAUAACGGCGUCAUCUUAGCAUACGGCAAAGAGAUCGUGCUCAACAAAGGGGAGAAGGUUGACACAUCCUCAAGCCAAUCAGCAGAUCCCACAGCCGAGAGGGAUGUGCAAGAUUGGAAAGAAGGUACCUUGAAGACCGUGCAGAUGGCUGAAGAAGGCGAUAUGAUUGGCCUGAAAUUCUCCGGGGCUGGAAGAGACGCGAUGAGGCAACUUGCUGCUGAGGCAUCACCUAGCGAAGCCAUUGAGAAGGCGACAACCGAGAUAUGUGACCUUGCACAGGCAAGAGGUGUUCGCUUACUUUUUGAUGCGGAGCAAGACGCUGUUCAGCGCGGUAUCGAUGCGUGGACGCUUGAAUUCGCGAGAAGGUAUAACAGGAUGGCUCUAGGAAAAGCGGUUGUGUACGGGACAUACCAGGCUUACUUACGCUCCACGCCAAAAAUUCUGGCUCAACAUCUUGCUGUUGCCAAGCAAGAAGGUUUUACGUUGGGUGUAAAGCUCGUCAGGGGCGCUUAUAUGAGCAGCGAUCCUCGAACACUUUUCUGGAGUACAAAAGAGGAAACCGACAAGGCUUACAAUGGUGUUACAGAGGCUUUGCUCAAGAAGCGGUGGAACAAUGUUCUGCGACCGUCGACCAGGGAAGCAAGUGAGAGAAUAUCGUCAGAAGUGGCCUUUGUGCUGGCAAGUCAUAAUCAUGAUUCCGUGCAAAAAGCCAUGGCAAUCCAGAGAGAGCAAACCGAAAAGCAUGAAGCGAAGAUCGAUAUGGCUUACGGGCAGCUGAUGGGUAUGGCAGAUGAGGUUAGCUGCGAGUUGGUGAUGGCUGCGAAGGCGGCAGGGGUGGUGCCAUUUGAGAAGACGGAGUGUGCGGGUCCCAAGACCUAUAAGUAUCUGGUGUGGGGCUCUGUGGGCGAGUGUCUCAAGUAUUUGAUCAGACGGGCUGAGGAAAAUAGGGAUGCUGUGGUGAGGGCAAAGGGCACAAGGAUGGCGCUGAGGAUGGAGCUGGGGAGGAGGAUUUGGGGUUGA